ACUGUAGGCCUAAAAUGUCUUUUGACGAUGAGGCAACAGGUGGUGAUUGCGAUGGCAUUGAUUUCAAAUGGAUGCGAGACGACAGUGAUUCCUUUUCUGAGGAUGAUGACUGGAAUGAGAGAGAUGGAGGCGCCUUACCAAAGUUUCACAAUAGAGAAAAAUCUUGGCGUGCACAUUUGCGACGGAUUAUUCUUCGUAACCCUACUACACGAAUCAACAUUUCAAUUGUUUAUAUCAGCAUCAAGUUGAUCAUGUGUCUUCUGUAUGUUGUUAGAGUUUGUAUGGAUGAUCCUUCCCAGUAUGCAUGUUCUGGUGUUCCAUGUAAUAAUACUGAGGACAUAAAUGGCACAGUGUCCACAGACAUAAAUUGGUAUGUGCUGCAGUGGGUACAUCGUCCAUUGUGGCUAUGGGCAGUUCAGAUUUUCCUUUCAGCUAUUACCUUGCUUAAAAUACUUGUCAUCCUGGGGAUAACAGCUAAGGGCAAUAUACUGGUGCUUGUAUUUUCUAAAGAAUUUCUGUUGGAAAUAUUAUGUAGCUUGCCUUUUAUUGUGUCGGUUAUCUGGCCACCAACUCUCCAGCAUAUUUUUAUACCACAUUUCCUAAACUGUUGGUUGGCUUUAAUUUUUUUAAAACAUUUAUUGAAUGAUUUUCAUUUGGCUAAGCAAAGAUUUCAAACAAUGUCUGUUACCUUAUCCCAACAAUCUUGGUUUUUGAUUGCCACAUUAUGCUGCUUGGUUUUUACAACAAUUUGUGGCAUACAACACAUACAGCGAGGUAGUCUUGAAACUAAUUUAAGCAUGUUUCAGAGUGUGUAUUUUGUCAUAGUGACUCUGACUACAGUUGGGUAUGGUGAUAUUUCACCUGAUAUUUGGCUUGGUCAACUAUUUAUGUGUAUUAUGAUUUGUGUGGCUUUUUCAUUUAUUCCUAGACAGCUUGAAGAGAUUGGUUCAACAUGGGCACAGAGAAAAAAAAUGGGUGGAGAUUACAGUAAACGAGCUGCAUCGAAAGGGAAACAUGUGGUUGUUAUUGGUUCUGAGUUCACGAUUGAGUCAGUUAUGAGUUUCCUCAGUGAGUUUUUUGAGCACCCAAAACUUGAAAAUUACACAGUUGUUAUGAUGAGUUCAGAAGAACUAGAUGACAACAUGCAAUUCAUCUUAAAAGACCCAAAAUGGGCUAACAGGGUUCUUUAUAUCAGAGGAUCUGCUUUGAAAGAUAUUGACCUUAAAAGAUGCAGAAUCCAUGAAGCUGAGGCGUGUUUUUUUCUUGUCAACAAAAAUUGUGAUGAUAUGGAGAAAUGUGACCAGCACACAGUUCUAAGAUCAUGGGCUGUCAAAGAUUUUGCUCCUAACUGUGCACAAUAUAUUCAGCUGUAUAAAGCUUCCAACAAAAUACAUGUUAAGUUUGCAGAACAUGUUGUCAGUGAAGAUGAAUUCAAAUUUGCCCUACUUGCCAACAAUUGCUUAUAUCCUGGUUUGUCUACUCUUGUAACUCUGCUGUUGCAUACUUCAAGAGGCCAGGAGGGUCAGUGGGCACCAGAAAAUUGGCAGCAGGUCUAUGGCCGACAUUCUGGUAAUGAAAUCUACCACAUACAAUUACAACGCAGUCUUUUUUUCCGAGAUUAUGAUGGAAAGAAAUUUUCUUAUGCUUCUGUUGAUGCUCAUAAAAAGUAUGGUGUGAACUUGAUUGCUGUAUUUGAUUCAACUGCUGCAGAAGCAAAGCUUCAGUUGAAUCCAGGCCCUGAAUAUGUGAUGAAAGCUUCUGAUUAUUGCUUCUAUAUGAGUUUAUCCAGAGAAGAAAAUGUCAAAAUCUCUCCCAGUGACCUAGAUGAAGGCAAAAGCUCAUCGGAAGUUAGAAACAAAAACAUUGCAAUAUUAGUGAAAGAGAUGAAUAAGCUAAUGCAAGAUGUUGAGCCAGAAGAUGUGGAUGAAGAGUCUGUGUUUAGUACAAUAACAUCAAAUAUUGGUUAUGUAGCUACUCUUGGUAAAAAUCUACGCAAAGGACUAGAAGGUGAGCCAUUGUUGUCAAGGGACACAAUUCCUCUUGUUGCCUUUAAAACUGAUACUAGAGAUAAGAUGGGUGAUUCACCACCCAGUGGACUUGAAACAUUUGAUCGUGUGCAUGGUGCAACAGUACCUUCAAAGAUUGUUCAGCAUAUGAUUGAUCUUGGAAAGGAAAGUAUGACCAUAGGCCCUCCACCGUGCACAUUAAACAUGGGGACAAGGCGUACAUUAUGCCAUCUGCACAAAGAAUCAAGAGCUCUUUGCUGCCUGGAAUGGGGAAAACCUUGUCAACACUGCAGCUACAAAGUGGCCUCAGACCAGCGCUGGGAAAAUCAGCUAGUUAUUCUGUCAGUUCGCCGGUGCUGCCCUGGACUGUAUAAUUUCAUUAUUCCUUUAAGAUCCAACUACCUAAGUCAACUGUCACUCAGUCCUAUUAUUCUCAUGUUUGAAGAACUUCCAUCCAGAUUUUUUUUAGAAACAAUAGCUCACUUCCCUCUAGUUUUUUGGAUGCAAGGAAUUUUGACAAGCCUAGAUGAUCUUUUAGUUGCUGGUGUGAAUAAAGCUGUGCACCUAGUAAUUUCUCACAUGGAAGCUGAUCCUGGUGGAGAAGAAAACUUAAGUGAUGCUGAGACAAUUGUUACAGUACAGAAAAUAUCCAGGCUAUUCCCUCAUGUGAACAUUAUCACAGAAGUGAAUGAAGCAUCUAACAUGAGAUUUAUGCACUUUAAAGCCAAAGAUUCUUAUAUGCUAAAGAUACGUAAACUUGAACAGAGAUUGAAGGAGCAAGCAGCCUCACAUCUUCCAUAUAUGUUUAGACUUCCAUUUGCUGCAGGCAAAGUUUUCAGCUCUCAUAUGCUAGACAGGCUUUUGUAUCAGACUUUUGUUAAAGGCUAUUUGAUUAGUUUUGUUCGGCUUCUACUUGGUAUUGAUGCUGAGAAAAAUUCUGGGCAUCUCUCUAGUGUCAGAAUUCGUAGAGCUACACUCUCUCAAUUUCCCACUUAUGGAGAUUUGUAUCAGGGUUUGUGCUCUACUACAGGAGAAAUCCCCAUAGCCAUUUAUAGGACUGAAAAGCAGACUUCUCCAUCUUCCCCUGUUGAGUUAACUGAAAUGGCCGAAAAUAACAAUACCACAAAGCAGAAAAGACAUGGUCGAAGUCACUUAUUUCAUUUUGGUGACCACCAAAAGAAGAAUCUUAGAUCAUCUAGAACGUCUGUUGGUGCAGUAUUUUCUGAGAAAGAUAAAAACAGUAAUCGCCAUCUUGAGGAAAUGGUUCAAGCUAGAAUGGAGAGUUUAGGUCUAGCAAUCAAAAGUCGACCUUAUACUAUCCAGAAACCAGCCAAGACACUUUCCUAUGUUAUUGUCAAUCCUUCACCAACCAGGAGACUCAAAUGUGGUGAUAUGGUCUAUGUGAUACAACCUAGUUCAAUGCAAGCAGUUCCCAACAAAUUAAAUCGAAGCAGCCGUACCUUGAGUAAAGCAUUUCGAAGCCGCCACAUUAGCAUUAACACAUCUAGCAUCAAUAAAGCCACAGGAGAUGGCAGCAGUUCACCUGGCAGUCCUGCUGGUCUUUUUGUAAGUCCCUUAGCCAUGCUGCACAGCUGUGGCACUUCAAGCAGCACAGCUUCUAAACCAACUGAUGUUUUGGUGGAAGUUAAAGCAGAUAGUGCGAAAAAUAUUUUGAUUGAAGAAGAGGAUGGCUUUGAACAAGGUGAAAUGAGGCCACGAUGUAGAUCAGAGUCUAGUGCUAACAAGAAAAGUGGUGGCUUUGUUCCAAAAGAGAAAUCAGCUGAUGCUUAGUUUAACAAAAAUAUUACCUUUAGCUUGUUUUUAUUUUUACACAUUGUAACUUUAUCUGAAAACUGAAUUUCUUCAGCAACUAGAUAUCCUAGUAAAUCAGAAAUGCAUUUAGUCUUAACUUAAUUAUUGAAUUUUAAAACUAGUUGAUAAAACUGGCAAAAUACUCACCUAAUCAGAAACUUGAUUUUAUAAUUCUAGGAAUUAAACUGUUCUAAUACUCAUUUUUCAGUGAUGUAAAUAAAUAAUCAUUUUGUUUUGUUAUUGCUUUGUUAUUCACACCCAUAUCCUAGCUUUCAAAUUUAUUAUUAGUUUCAUUAACGAUUGUUUUCUUUUUUGUUUUUUUUAAUGUGUAUAUAUUUGCUCAUUUAAGGAAAUACUGAGUCUAUCCAAGUAUUUUUGCCGGUUAACUUUAUUUGGUUACCUGCUUCAUGUUUUUGUAAAUAAAAUCAACAUGAAUUUUUUUUGUAUAAAUGAGAUUGCUGAUGAACAAACAAGAAAUGUAUUAAAAAUUACAAUUUCAAGGUUCCAAGUUAUGUAUUUUAUAUUGGCAAAUUGAACCUUAUAACUCUAAGGUAUGUCAAAUAAAUGCAAAUAGAUUUUAAUGGUGCUAAGUUUUAGAAAUAAGGAAUUAUAAAGCUAUAAGAUUAAUGUGUUCUAAAAAAUAAAUUUUUAAGUACAAUAAAUAUUGUCUGAUGUCAUAGAUAAUACACAAAUGAUAUAUACUGCUGGAGUACAAUCUCAUUUUUUCUGAUCUGUUUAUUUUACGAACCAAUUCCUUCAUAAUUUAAUAUAAACUAUUAUUUUUACACCUCUUUGUCUAUGUUGUAAUUAUUUCUGUAAAAAAAAAUUAAUAACUACUUUUAUAAUACUCAGAUUGUGACCCUUAGGACAAAAGAAGUGUUAGCACAUUUUUCUAAUUUUUUUAGCCAGAGAUGUUCUAGGAAUUUUAGUUUUAUUUAAAUAUUUAUCUAUAUGCUUUCUGGGUGAGUUUUUAAAAACAAUUCUAGCUCUAAGUUAUUAGUAGCAACCUGAUGUGCUUAAUGUGGAAAGAAGUUGUAUUUAAAAAAUAUCUCUGGAAAAAAAUCUCAAAUCGAUUCUUACUCAAGUCUGUGUUUUAUGAUCAAUUAAUCAACUGAAAACCUGCUGUAUGUGUUAAGGGGUUUUGCAUUGAGGGAAAGGUUAAAUAUCAAUACAAUUUUAUCUUUCCUACAUGGAUUAAAAAGAAAGCUUUUCUUGCCAUAGAAUUUUUUUUCUAUAUUUUGGUUAAUUUGGGAAAAGAAAAACAUAAAAAUGCAAAGAAUGCUGAUUAUUCUCUUAGACUUUUCCCCCCACAUUUUAGAUCUAGAUUUUCAGAAAAAAAUGUUAACUAGUGGAUGACCUCUAAGUGAUUCAGAUUGUGGUGAAAUAUCACAAGACAGUUUUAGCUCCUUGAAUACAUGGUUAUAGGUUUCCCAAUUACCUUUGUACUCAUUUCAGUGUGUAUGUAAAAUUGUUGUAUGAUCAUUUAGUUAAUAUCUAUUUUGUAUAUAAUAUUUACUUGUUAAUUAGGCAUACCUUUUUAAAAUAAAUUUAAAAAAAAACACAUUUAUUAUUGUUGCCUAAGCAAACAUUCUACAAAUGAUAUUAUUUUUCAAAGCUCCACAGAUUUGGUUUAAGAAAUCAAUUAAUUAUAAACUACAUAAAACUUUUGAUAUGUUUAUUAAGAAUUAUUUUGUGUUGGUAUAAAGGAGCUGGAUAACCCAUUAUUCCAGUAUUUUAUUGUAUCAUGAACAUUUUACUUCCUGCCACAUGAUUUUUCUACGGAAAAAAAAAGUAAAUCUUUUCAUAAAUGAUAUUCCUAUAAGAGAACACCAAUUUAUAUUUUUUAAAUGAUCAUUCCCUUGUCACAUUCCUUUUUUUCAAAAUAUCAGUUUUAUUAGUAGCAUCUAAAGCUAAUAAUAUGCAAAAAAAAGUAUAUAUCCUUAUUUUAGAUUUUUUUUUUUUUUUUUUAAUUUCAGUAUGCACAAAAUGUAAUCAGUUUCAAAAUGUAUGCACUAAUAAUCAGAUUUUUUACUAUCUGGAGGUGCACAUUUUAUGAGUCAUGUUAAUGGCAGUGCUAAUAUUUCUAAUUUGAUUAAUGAGAAAUAUACAACUGGUUUAACAAUAUGGUACAUGGUCAAAUGCAAAAUUUUAAUGUUGAUUUUGUAAGAAUUGUAAGAGAAAUAAUGUAAAUAUAAAGCAUGCCAGUGUACAUUUAAGUAUUAUCUGUGCAUUUAUUACACCAAAAUUGAUACCAAUUUGCAUUUCAGUAUCUAGUUGUAACUUGUAGUCUUUCAUAUGUCUCAGUCAGCUUCUUAAAGAUUUAUAUGUGAGUUUAAAAAAAACAGUAUAAUGUUUUGGUCCUUUACUUCCCUAUCCCAUGAUUUCCAAAAGUACAUUCAUUUUGCUGAAAUUUGGGAUCAGAGGAUUAUGUACAGUACAAUAUAAUGUUGAAGAAGUUAUUAGGACCAAUUAUAAUUUGCAAUGUAAAUUUUCUAUAAGU